CCCGGAAGUGACGUCAGCAGGCCGUCAGACUGUGUUGAUGUUUUGUGCUCAAGCUCUCGACCGGGAAGACGAGACGGUUUUUUUUUUUUUCUUUUUCUUUUUUUCUUCUUGUUUGUGUCUCCGGCGUCCAAAAAACGUCGACGAGGAUCUUCGUCCCGGUCGCUGCUUCUUCCUCCACGACGUUAGCUCCAUGUUUUAGCGGCUAGCGGCCCGACAGCAGGCCCGAAGCAGCGAAUCUUUUGAUCCAAAAAGGCAGGACUCGUCGCCCUCUGGCCCCCCUCCCUCCCUCCCCGCGCCACCAUGACGAUCCUGCCCAAAAAGAAGCCCAGCUCGGGGGUCGGGGGCGCGGAUCACGCCGAUGACAGCGACCGGCGGAGCGGCGCGGACUCUCACCAACACCAGCACCCGCAUCCGCACCCGCACGCGGGGAGGACCGGAGCUCGGCCGCGGGCUUCGCCUCCGCCGUGGUCCUACCAGCCCGCGCCGCCCUCGGCUAGGGACGAGCGGCGGAGCAUCGAGGCGAGCUCGCGGCCGCAGCAGGCCUCUCCGCCGCCUGGCGGCUCCGUGGCCUCGGUGGCGCCGGGCGACGUCCGGGAUGGUGGCGGCAUGGUAGCGACCUCUCGCGGGGACCUGGUGGUGCAGGCCGGCGUCGUGGGCUGCGGCGGGAGCAUCGGCGGCUGCUGCUCCGGGCCCGGGCUGAGCAAGAGGCGGCGGCAGGCGGGCACCUGCUCCGGCGCCGUGGUGGCAGCGCUGGCCGGGGGCGGCCAGCCCGGCGUGAGCGUGCCCGGCGGGGUGGGAUCCAGCAAGGAGCAGGACGAGGGAGCCGGCAACAACAGCGAGGACGAGUACGAGAACGCUGCCCGCUUGCAGGCCGUGGACCCGGCCACCGCCGAGCAGCAGGAGCACUGGUUUGAAAAAGCUUUGCAAGACAAGAAAGGUUUUGUCAUCAAGAAGAUGAAGGAGGACGGCGCGUGUCUCUUCAGAGCUGUGGCUGACCAGGUGUAUGGCGAUCAGGACAUGCACGAGGUGGUGAGGAAACACUGCAUGGACUACCUGAUGAAGAACGCCGAUUAUUUCUCCAACUACGUGACGGAGGACUUCACCACGUACAUCAACAGGAAGAGGAAAAACAAUUGCCAUGGCAACCACAUUGAGAUGCAGGCCAUGGCGGAGAUGUACAACAGGCCAGUGGAGGUGUAUCAGUACAGCACAGAGCCAAUCAACACCUUCCACGGCAUCCACCAGAACAACGACGAGCCCAUCCGAGUGAGCUACCACCGCAACAUCCACUACAACUCCGUGGUCAACCCCAACAAGGCCACCAUCGGCGUGGGCCUCGGCCUGCCCGCCUUCAAGCCAGGGUACGCGGAGCAGACUCUGAUGAAGUCGGCCAUCAAAACAUCGGAGGAGUCGUGGAUCGAGCAGCAGAUGCUGGAGGACAAGAAGCGAGCCAGCGACUGGGAGGCCACGUGCGAGGCCAUCGAGGAGCAGGUGGCCAGGGAGUCGUACCUGCAGUGGCUGCGCGACCAGGAGAAGCAGGCCCGACAGCCCAGGAAAGCCAGCGCCACCUGCAGCUCGGCCACGGCGUCGGCCUCCAGCGGCCUAGACGACUGGAGCGCUCGGUCGCCACGGCAACGGGACGCCGACCCCACCCACCCGGACCUGACGAGCGCCACGUCGACCGCCAUCAAGCCCCCGUCCCCGGCAGGCUCCGCCCUCAUCCUCAACAAACCGCCCUCGCCGUGUGCGCCAGGUCCCAGUAAUCCAAGUCGGCAUCAUUUAGAGUACAGAGCCAUCAUGCAGGAGAUGUCACCUACAGCGUUUGGUUUGACCGACUGGGAGGACGACGAGAUCCUGGCGUCGGUCCUGGCCGUGUCCCAGCAGGAAUAUUUGGACAGCAUCAAACAUCAGGGCGGCGGCGUGCAGCAUCGAGAGCGUGAAGCCUCACCUGACAGCAGCUGAUGGACACAACACACGCAUGUGUGACCUCUGACCCCGACCCCACUCGUCACCUCCGACCCAUCAGAAGACCGCCAGGGAUACAUCCGACCCGAAAGAAAGAAACGCAGUCUCUCCCUCCAUUCCUUCUCUCCGCCGCCAUCAUGGAUCCUCCCAGCUUGUCUUGGUUUUACGAGCCACCCGCCAACCCCACGCUAGCCGACCGCGCCAUUUACGAUUGCCGAUCACUUUGUCGAAGGAGCCGCUCCGUCGGCGAAUACGCGUCACACGUUGCGUCCGUGAUGGGCGUGGUCACAUGACCUCGCCUUCAAUCAUAUUUAUUUAUUCUGGUUUGCACAUGUGCAGUGAAAGCGCUACAUUCACACACGUUUCCGCGGCGUUAGCCGCUAGCAGUUAGCCGGGACAAAGGGAACUUCAUACCAGGUUAAAAUGUUCGCGCGAGACGCCUUCGUAGAAAUGUGGGAAUGCAUUUUACCGAGUUAACGUUAGCACCCUGCUUACGGGCUCGUUGAGGUCACAUCCUGACAUUUUACCGAGUUAGCGUUAGCACCCUGCUUACGGGCUCGUUGAGGUCACAUCCUGGCCGGCCUUCAGCGCUCACCGCUAUCGACCACGCAAGCACAAUGGCGUGCGAAUGAGGCUAACCCAAAAGAAAAGAGCGCGGCGAGUCCGACGCCACAUGCUAUGUUAGCAUGUUGUCAACGCUAACGCCUGAAGUCUUACUGUCGUACAAUUGAGAAGUACUUCCUGUCUUCAGCCAGUGUGUUUACGUUCCAUCGUCCGCUUUGAGACUUUUUUUUUUUAAUUUUUUAAAAUAUAACAUCUAGCUCUUCCUCUUCUUACCGCCUUCAUCAUCAUCAUCGCCACAGACUUCUUAGCAGCAUGUUUGAUCACGACCAAUAUCACCAUGGAGACAAAAGCGACAAAUGAAAAAAACGGGAAAAAAAAAACAAACAAAAAAGGUAGAGAAUUGUCAUACUUAUCCUCUUGAUGAUUGAUUAUUGUUGUUAUUAUUAAUAAUAAUAUAAGUUUGUUUUAUUUCAUCGCUUGGGAUGAAAAUAUUUUUUUUCUUGGAAUAAAAAGAGGAAAAUGUUUCGGACAA